CCGCCGGCCGGCUCCCCUCCCCCGGCCGCUGGCUCGCUUGGCUCGCAACGCUGCAGAGGCUCCGAGGCGGCGGCGGCGACUCCUUCUUUCCUUCCCUCCUCCUCUGGCCGUCCGUCCGUCUGUGCGUCUGUCCGUUCGGCCUCGGUCCGGCCAACAGCAUGGCCGGCGUCAGCUUCAGCGGCCACCGCCUGGAGCUGCUGGCGGCGUACGAGGAGGUGAUUCGGGAGGAGAGCGCGGCCGACUGGGCUCUGUACACAUAUGAGGAUGGCUCCGAUGACCUCAAGCUUGCAGCAUCAGGAGAUGGGGGUUUGCAGGAGCUCUCCGGCCACUUUGAGAACCAGAAGGUGAUGUACGGCUUCUGCAGCGUCAAGGACUCCCAGGCUGCUCUGCCAAAAUACGUGCUCAUCAACUGGGUCGGUGAAGAUGUGCCUGAUGCCCGAAAAUGUGCUUGUGCCAGCCACGUGGCUAAGGUGGCUGAAUUCUUUCAGGGUGUCGACGUGAUUGUGAAUGCCAGCAGUGUGGAAGACAUAGAUGCGGGUGCCAUCGGGCAGCGGCUCUCCAAUGGGCUAGCGAGGCUUUCCAGCCCCGUGCUGCACCGACUGCGGCUACGUGAGGAUGAGAAUGCUGAGCCGGUGGGCACCACCUAUCAGAAAACUGAUGCUGCUGUGGAAAUGAAGCGGAUUAACCGUGAGCAGUUCUGGGAGCAAGCCAAGAAGGAGGAAGAGCUGAGGAAGGAGGAAGAGCGGAAGAAGGCUCUGGAUGAGAGACUCCGGUUUGAGCAAGAGCGAAUGGAGCAGGAACGGCAGGAGCAGGAGGAGCGUGAACGGCGCUACCGAGAGCGGGAACAGCAGAUCGAGGAGCACAGAAGGAAACAGCAGACUCUGGAAGCUGAGGAGGCCAAGCGGCGGUUGAAGGAGCAGUCUAUCUUUGGUGACCAGCGGGAUGAGGAAGAAGAGACACAGAUGAAGAAGUCAGAAUCAGAGGUAGAGGAGGCAGCAGCCAUUAUUGCCCAGCGGCCUGACAACCCACGGGAGUUCUUCAAACAGCAGGAACGAGUUGCGUCGGCUUCUGCGGGCAGCUGUGAUGCACCCUCACCCUUCAACCACCGACCAGGUCGUCCGUACUGCCCUUUCAUAAAGGCAUCGGACAGUGGGCCUUCCUCCUCCUCCUCUUCCUCCUCCUCCCCUCCACGGACUCCCUUUCCCUAUAUCACCUGUCACCGCACCCCAAACCUCUCUUCCUCCCUCCCAUGCAGCCACCUGGACAGCCACCGGAGGAUGGCACCCACCCCCAUCCCUACCCGGAGCCCAUCUGACUCCAGCACGGCUUCCACCCCUGUCGCUGAACAGAUUGAGCGGGCUUUGGAUGAGGUCACGUCCUCGCAGCCUCCACCACUGCCGCCGCCACCCCCUCAAGAGACCCAGGAGCCCGGGCCCAGCCUGGAUAGUGAAGAGACCAGCAAAGAGGCCAGAGCAGCAGCCCCUCAGGCCUGGGCAGGCCCCAUGGAGGAGCCCCCACAGGCAACAGAGCCUCCCCGGGGGCAAGCCUCCACGGAGGACUUGAUGCUCAUGGCAUCUCCAGAGCAGGCUGUCCUGGCUGCCCCGGCUGCCCCUCUGGAACCUGCCAUGGCCAACACCGCCACAGCCGACAUCCUGGUAGCUGAUGCCGUUGAAACCGACGCUGCCACUGCCGACACCGCUGUUGCCAACACCAUCACCCCUGCCGCUGCCAGCCUCAUUGACCUAUGGCCUGGCAACGGGGAAGAGGCCUCCACAUCCCAGGCUGAGCCUAGGGUCCCUACACCACCUUCGGGUGCUGAGGUCACUCUGGCAGAGGUACCCCUGCUAGAUGAGGUGGCUGAGGAGCCACUGCCACUGGCAGGCAAAGGCUGUGCCAACCUUCUCAAUUUUGAUGAGCUGCCUGAGCCGCCGGCUACCUUCUGUGACCCAGAAGAGGAAAUAGAAGGGGAGCCUCUGGCCACCCCCCAGGUCCCAACUCUGCCCUCUGCUCUAGAGGAGUUGGAUCAGGAGCCAGAGCUGGAGCCAGAGCCAGAACCCCACCUGCUGACCAAUGGCGAGACCACCCAGAAGGAGGGGACCCAGGCCAGUGAGGGGUACUUCAGCCAAUCACAGGAGGAAGAGUUCGCCCAAUCCGAAGAGCUGUGCGCAAAGGCCCCGCCUCCUGUGUUCUACAACAAACCUCCAGAAAUCGACAUCACCUGCUGGGAUGCAGACCCAGUACCAGAAGAAGAGGAGGGCUUCGAGGGUGGUGAUUAGCAGUGGCGCCCCGCCCUCAGGCUGCCCUUGCCAAGGCCGCCCACCUGUGCCGGCCUCUGGCCAGACGGCUCGCCGUGCCUGCACUCGCAGCAGCUCCGCCUGGCACCCACUCCGGAUUCCGGCCCUGGCCCGGGACUUGGCCGCUUCCCUACCCACAGGGCCUGACUUUUACAGCUUUUCUCUUUUUUUUAAAGUUGAUAGGAGACUUGUACAGUUGACUGGUUUUCCUCCCGUUGGUAGUUGAGACGCUGUUGCAAAUUCUACCCCCUCCCCGCCCGGACCAGAUUGUAGCUCUUAGUCCUCCCUGCUCACUCAGCUGGCCGGGGUGGAGAUCUCACCCUACGUGGGGGCCUGGCGUCGGGGGAGCUCUGGUGGGAAAAUGUCCCACCUCUUUUCCUAGUUUUAUGUUUCUUGGAAAAAUAUCACUUUGUAUUCUCUGUCCAGGGCUUCAGAUAUUUUGCACGAAUUUUAAAACAUGGCAAUAAAUGGCUCGUGGGCUCUGGCUCCCUGGGACCCCCUCCCCGCCCUUCUCUUGACCCCUCCCCGCCUGGCCCAAAGGAAGCAGGCCCAGCUGGGGCCCUUCAGCUUCCAGGCCCUUUCCUGCCCCCCUCCUGCUGGGCAGGUCCCAAGCUGGAGGCCCUAGGCGCGGAUCAGGUCAGGGCUAUCUACCGGUGGGGCCCUGGGCUUAGAUGGCCCCUCCCAAAUUCCUCCCUCUUUGCUUGGGUUCCUUUUUCACGUUCAGUAACUGUUUUUUGGAAAGCACAAACUUCUGUAACGGGUCGUGCUCAUGUCUGUUAAUAAAGAAAUCCAGAUCCCUUCAGGCCUGCUGCUCCGGGCCUCCAGGGGCGGA